CGUUAUAGACACUUAUGGGUUGAAUUACGCUCGCAUUCGCAAUAAUACAAUUCUUCAGGGAUAACAGAAGAGAUGGGAAUUUUUAUUGGUCUAAAUACAUACGUGAAAAUAUAUUUGGAUUUCGAUUUUUCUUUUCAAAUUUAAAAAGCGUGCGCGACAAAAAUUCGACGGAUACUUUAUAAAACGAACAGCUCUCAAUCGAAAUAAAAAUAAAACAAUAUUUAUGUUAAAAUAAAACUUUUUACACAAGGCAUAGUUUUAAAAACCAAUUUUUUUAUUUUUUGGUUGAGGUAAGAUUUUAAUAAACUUUUCAGUUUUACCGGAUUUUCAUUUCCAUUAACACAUAAAAUUUGAGCCAGCGAUGAUCGAGUGAUGAUAUUUCGUGUAGCAUCAAAUGAUCAACGACGGAUUACCCAUGGCAUCUAGAGAAAUUAAUAACAUCUUGUAAUAUUAUUUUUUGAUCCGCCGGUAUCUACGAUUAUCGACAAAGUUGACUUUUCUAAUUCCAUGAAAAUAUCAAGCUUGCGUCCAAAAAAAGAAGUCUUUUAAAAAAAUGUUAGUGGGAUAAAAAAAUUGUCAUGUUUUUAAAACUCUCAAUAAUGUGAAAGUUGUUUGAGAAUUGAUUACCACGAUGAACUGAUUACGUGUUGAUUUAAAAAACACUUUUCUCCCAGAUAAAAUUCACUUGUGGAGUGGUAAAAAAUAACACGCAUAAAAAGUACAGACAAACAAGGGGCAAUGUAUUAUGUGUGCUGAGUUUUGUCUCUUUUAUCAGGAGCGUGAGUUUAUACAAAACCUCGUGGUUAGCGUGUUCCACCCUUAAAUAAUUAUACGGCCAAUUGAAUAGGGAUAGCGAGAGUGCGUGCGUGUUCGCGGUUCGCGUGAUAUUUGGCACCACACCCUGAUUAAGUUGGGGUGUGGAAAGCAAGUCCGCCUGCCUGUUGACCCGCAUUACUCGCGGGCCAUCAUAGAGCGCGCGCGUGCAAUCAGCACGUCCCUCUCCCCAGUGCCCGGCACCGAACGUAGACCGCACAAAUUAUCACCAUGGGUAACAAGGUAGUUACUUUCUCCGAGGAACAAAUUGACGACUACCAGGACUGCACCUAUUUCACGCGCAAGGAAAUUUUAAGAGUUCACAAGCGCUUCCGCGAAUUAAGUCCCAGCACGGUGCCGAAAUGCAUGACCGGCGACGAGGCUCACACAAUUAAAGUGCCGCUCAACUUGAUGGAAACGCUGCCCGAGUUCAGGCAGGAAAAUCCGUUUCGGAAGCGCAUCUUCUCCGUCUUCUCCAGCGACGGCACUGGCAACAUGACGUUUGAGGAUUUCCUCGAGCUGCUAUCAGUGCUGAGCGAACAGGCGCCGCGAGAUAUCAAAGUGUUUUACGCCUUCAAAAUAUACGAUUUCGACGGUGAUGAACAUAUUGGUCCAGCUGACCUGCAACAAGCACUCACGCUGCUCACGAGUAACGAGCUCAACGCCGAGGAGACAAGCCAAGCGUGCGCCAAAGUGGUCGAGGAGUCGGAUAUCGACGGCGACGGCAAGUUAUCAUUCAUUGAGUUCGAACACGUUAUUUUGCGUGCUCCAGAUUUUCUCACCACAUUUCAUAUUCGCAUAUAAAUAAGAUACUUGUGCGUCUCUCAGCCUCUCUCCGUCUCAUCCAUUCUCCGCGACACGACGCUAAUGUCAUAUAUUGGCAUUUUGUGUACCCAUAAUAACGUAAUAUCCGCGCCGAGGCGCAUUUCAAAUGCAAAAGGAAAAUUUGGAAUUCAAAGCAUCAGAGAAGACAGAAAGAUAUCAUUCCUUUUUCCAGGCGUGUAUUUUAUUGUCGCUAAUAAAAGUUGAUCCAUA